AUGACGCGCAGCGAGAAGGGAUUUCCGUUGCAGUCGCUCCUAUUACCGCUUCUGUUGCUGCUCCUCGGUGGUUUCUCUCGGACAGCGGAAUCGAAAUACGUCGAGGGACACCUAAAAACCUCAGAUAACUGGGCCUUUCUGGCACGAUUCUGCUUUCUGUCCGGGAAGGGCAAGUACGAGUACCUCAUCGAGUACGAAAAGAAGCUCGGCGAACUGAAGCUACUGCUGUACUACGACGACAAAUCGCAAUGGCCGGCAAUCUACAAGACGGACAAGACCUGCACCGAAAAGCUGGCCGUCCUACACCCGGAAGACAAUCAGAUCGUCACGUUAUCACCCCGGACACCGUACAAUGUGUACUCCGGUUGUCUGCUACGUACACCAACCCCCAAGGAACAACCGAAUGAUCCACUCCCGAGGAACACACCGUCACCGAGACAACCCACGCCCUCACCACCACCCGAUCCGAUGCGACCUCUCGACGAUGAUGCGCAGUACUUUGAUCAGUUUCUUAAAACCACCAGCACGGAACCGGAAUUGUUUUACUUCAACGAAAACGACACUAGCGACAGCCCGGUGGGGAGAACGACCGCAGUACCCUAUGAGUCCUUCGUGUCCGAUGACGAAUCCGCAAACACCGUGGCCUACCGAGGGGACAAUGGUGAAGUGAAUCUGCUCGAGAACAGUACCGACUAUCGGUUGCUAGUGGAGCAACUGUUUCCCGUGCCGAAUGCGGAUCAGGAGCAGCGGCAGCGGCAGCAGCGGUUGCGUAGACAGGUGGCCAGUUUGGGAAAGUACGAGAGCCGAUUGAUUGUGAGUUGCAGCAACUUUGGGAGCUUCACCAGUUCCCGAGAGCGUUGGUGGUACAUCGCGAUCGCCAAUUGUGAUGGUAGUGGCCGGGGACUGGAUGUGAAGUAUCGUUUUCGGAUGACGAACGGACCACCGGGGGACUUUUGGCACGAACACUUUUCCGCCGAUGAGAUGUAUAUUCCACCGAUUCUGUUGGCCGAAGCGAUCGCCUACAGUAUGCUACUGCUGGCCGUGUUCAUCUGUGCGGUGGAGUUGAAAGCACGACAUCUUUAUCACUGCACCUACCGGCUGUUCACACUCAGCGUACUACUCCAGUGGUUUGGAGUGCUGCUGCUGAGUGUGACUUGGUCAAAGUACGCCGUUUCGGGCAUCGGUCCGUUCCCGAACUUUGGUGGCAUCUUUACCAGUGCCAGUGAGAUCACGUUCUUGCUUCUGUUGUUGCUGAUGGCGAAAGGUUACACAAUCACACGGGCACGGCUCAAAACAUGCACGACGGUAAAGAUCACGAUCUUCAUUAACCUCUACGUGGUGGUGUACGUCACGCUGUAUAUCUACCAAGCGGAAGCGUUCGAUCCGGGUGAAGUCCUUAAUCUAUAUGAAUCACCGGCCGGUUUCGGACUCGCAGGAUUACGGUGCGUCGGUUGGGGUUUCUUCCUCUACUCCUGUGCAGCUACGAUCCGCAAGUUUACGGAGAAGGUUCCGUUCUAUUAUCCUUUUACGAUGCUUGGCUCCUUGUGGAUCAUGAGUGGGCCCGUGUUGACGUUGCUCGGUGUCGGUGUGCUGGAUCCGUGGGUCCGUGAAUCGGCUAUGCAUGGAGCACUCGGUGCCGUUGCGUUCGUUGGGCAUUUGACCUUCCUUUGGUUAACGUGGCCAUCGCGCGCUAAUCGAAGCUUUCCUUAUCAUGUCCGUACGAACCACGUCGGUGUGUCGUUGGGUGAGGACGAUGAAGCGACCUAUCCGAAGCAUCCUUACGAACCGACCAACACCACGAUGGCUAAUCAUUCGAGCUAUCAACAUCACCAUCACCAACAGCAGCAGCAGCAGCAGCAGGGGCAUCUUUCGAAUGGGAAUGGUUAUGUGCUGCCACUGGCUGCACCCAUCAUACACCCAUCGCUCGAUUCCGGUCUCCUGUACGAUCAGUAUCUUCGCGAACGGGAACUCUACCACAGCUCCUCCACUCCGCUGAGCUACGUCUCUUUCCCUCAUCCCUCGAAACCGGCCACAAAUGGUCACAGUCAUCGCGGUGAACUGGGUGAAACAAUCAACAGCCCAACAGCCAGUGGUGGUGGUCGACAUCAUCUUGCCAAUGGAAAUGGUGUUGGGCCACCGAGUGCCACUCGGGAAGGUCUAUCUCCCCCCGUUGCAUCCGAUUCCGGGACACCGUCGCUAGAGGUGGUGGCCGAAACGUUGACACCGGUUCGAACUCCUCUCAACUCCGGUAGCACACCGGGACGGGCGUCUCCACCCGGGGCGGAGAGCACCUCAAUCGUCUCGAACGGAACCUUACCAUCACCAGCGACGACGCUGAGCUCCGUGCCGGAGAAACGUAAUCCCUUUCUGGCAGCAGCAGCAGCAGCAACAGGAUCGGGAACGCCACAGGAUCAGGAUCAGCACAAGCGACCGCCGAAUCGUAUCAUUCUGCCGAGUCUGGAGUUACCGAGUGUCGGUGCUGGAGCGGGACUGCUGCUGGGGACCGGUGGGGAUACGCACAGCGGUUCCGGCGAUCACGAUUCGAGCCCCUCCGGUGCUACCGUCGUGCCGAAGCACCUGUUUGCGGCCAAGGCAGCUACCGGGGGGCACUAG